AUGGCCACCAGGGCUUAUCGCAUUGCGCAACCGACCAGUCCCGCACCACCACAAGAUAGUGUUGCCCCUAAAGGAAGCAAACAACAAGACCCAUGCCGACAGAGGUUAGGCCGUCUAAAAGAUCUGAAUGUCAAAUUUCCUAUCAAAUAUGCUCGGCGCGAUAUCAAAGUCAGGCCCCAAUUGGGAGCGCAACGUCCUUCUGUCACCAAUGUCGAUGAACCACUGUUCCCGAAGCUACAGAUCGUUGACCCAGGGAAAGAUCCUAUAUUAGAACAUUGCAUGCCGCCUUUGUCGUUGGAAGUCUCUCCCUUUCCCAAAAAGGAGUCAGUUGAUGCCUCGCAUGUAUUGUUCGGCAUGUCCACACUCCUCAGCCGUCUCGAGGGUUCUAUACCAUUUCUCGAGCGCUGGCUGGCGCACACUGGUGCCAACUUGUUCGUCAUUGUUGUCAACUCAGAAGAGGACCGAAAACCGGAUAAGAAGAAAAUGUCCAAGCUGCAAUCACACAUGCGUGAUCUCGGCAUCAAGGCUACGCUCGUUGGACCGCUGGAUGAACAAGACGAUAUGCCACUGCGGUAUUUUUCUCUAGUUAAGCUAUUGUAUAGCAAACGCGACAAGGGAACUCAGUGGAUUGGGAUCGUGGACGAUGACACCUUUUUCCCUUCAAUGCACUCUCUGAUCAACACGCUUGGCAACUACGACUCCAGACUGCAGCAAUAUGUCGGCGGCAUAUCAGAAGAAUGGUGGUCCGUCGUUCUCUACGGCCUCAUGGCCUUUGGCGGCGCUGGUCUCUUCCUCUCCCUCCCAAUGGCUGCGAUGAUCGAUUCCGAGUACCAGGCCUGCAGGGAACAAUCUAGUUCCAGCGCGGGGGAUAUGCGCAUUCACGAGUGUAUCCAGUGGCAUAGCCAUGUCAAAUUGACGCCUAUCCCUGGCCUUCACCAAAUGGAUAUGGGCGGUGACCUCUCGGGAGUUUACGAAAGCGGAUGGAGGCCGCUUUCUCUGCAUCACUGGAAGGCGGAUUGGUGGGAUGACCAGCGCCGGGAGAAUUGGGUCCCGCUCGACGUCAUGCAUCUCGUCGCCGAUGUCUGCGGGGAAUGUUUCCUGCAGCGAUGGCAUUUUGGCGAGGAUACAGUCCUCAGUAAUGGCUACUCUAUCGCUACAUACGCGAAAGGAAUUACCAAUGAGGAGCUGCAGAAACCAGAGCAUACGUGGCUGGGACCCAGACCGGUACCGGAUACGUUCAACCCUGGUUACGUUCAUUCGAUUGGAACGAUAAGGGAGCCGCUGAAGCUUGAGGAGGAGAAGAUUCAGUAUAUGUUUUUGGAUGCCCAGUUGGUUGAUGGGGGCGUGAGGCAGUAUUAUCUUCACAAGGGAUUGGGGGAUGAAUUGGAUACGCUGGUUGAGUUGUUUUGGAAUGGGAAGGCGGAGAGGGCCUGA